AUGGUAACGAAAACGGAGGAAUCUGAACUCAACAAUCUAGAAAUCCAGGUCGACAAUGGUGGCGGAGGAGCAUGGGAGUAUCUUUCACUCGUCAGAAAACUCAAACAACGCCGUUCCGGUAAAGUCCUCAAACACGGCUUAUCGAUCUUGAAUGACUCCAAACUCCGAUCCAAUCUCGGUCCCGAAGAAUGGAGUUUGUAUGAGCAGGUUGCUGUUGCAGCUAUGGAUUGUCAAUGUGUUGAUGUUGCUCAGGACUGUGCAAAGGUUCUUCGAAAGAGGUUUCCGGAGAGCAAAAGAGUUGGCAGGCUGGAGGCAAUGUUGCUUGAAGCAAAAGGCUCAUGGGAAAUGGCAGAAAAGGCUUACACAAGCCUUUUAGAGGAUAAUCCUCUUGAUCAAACCAUCCAUAAGAGGAGGGUGGCUAUGGCAAAGGCACAAGGCAAUAUUUCUGGGGCUAUUGAAUGGCUUAAUAAAUAUCUGGAAAUAUUCAUGGCAGAUCACGAUGCAUGGAGGGAACUGGCUGAAGUAUACUUAUCCCUGCAAAUGUAUAAACAAGCAGCAUUUUGCUACGAGGAAGUGAUAUUAGCUCAACCAACUGUUCCACUUUAUCACUUAGCCUAUGCUGAUGUACUUUAUACUCUUGGUGGAUUAGAAAAUGUCCAAACUGCCAAGAAAUACUAUGCAUCCGCUAUUGACUUAACCGGAGGCAAGAAUACCAGAGCACUUUUCGGUAUAUGCUUGUGUACUUCUGCUAUUGCACAGCUUACAAAAGGAAAGAACAAGGAAGAUAAGGAAGGAUCACAGUUACAAUCUCUAGCGACUAAAGCAUUGGAGAAGGAUUACAAGCAGAGAGCACCUGACAUGCUUCCUCAACUUACAACUGCUUUGAAGAGUUUAACAGUGUCGUCAUAA